GCAGCCGCGGGUGCAGAUGCGGAUGCGGAGACCAGCAGGGUCUCCGAGGGGAACCCAGACUUUCCUAUGGCCUCGCUGUACGUGGGCGACCUGCACCCUGAAGUGACAGAGGCAAUGCUCUACGAGAAGUUCAGCCCGGCCGGGCCCAUCCUUUCCAUCCGCAUUUGCAGGGACAAGAUCACCCGCCGCUCGUUGGGCUACGCGUACGUCAACUACCAGCAACCGGUGGACGCCAAGCGGGCCCUGGAAACCCUGAACUUUGAUGUCAUCAAGGGCAGGCCCGUGCGCAUCAUGUGGUCCCAGCGGGACCCCUCGCUCCGCAAGAGUGGGGUGGGCAACGUCUUCAUCAAGAACCUGGGCAAGACCAUCGACAACAAGGCGCUGUACAACAUCUUCUCGGCGUUUGGCAACAUCCUCUCCUGCAAAGUGGCCUGCGACGAGAAGGGGCCCAAGGGCUACGGGUUUGUGCACUUCCAGAAGCAGGAGUCCGCAGAGCGGGCCAUUGAUGCGAUGAAUGGCAUGUUCCUGAACUACCGCAAAAUUUUCGUUGGGAGAUUCAAGUCGCAUAAAGAACGAGAGGCCGAAAGGGGAGCCUGGGCUAGGCAGUCCACCAGUGCUGACGUCAAGGAUUUCGAGGAAGACACCGAUGAGGAAGCCACCUUGCGAUGAAGACAUGCCAGGAGCCAGUCAGUCAGCAGAGCCAAAUCUUGGCUCCCACCCGGUUUACAACUCCCCUCUUUGCCCCCUAACCCACCAGCAGUGUAUUGUAUUGUACUGGGAGUGCAGGUCUCUCCUCUCUCUCUCUCUCUCUCUCUCUCUCUCUCUCUCUCUCCCUCUCCUCUCCCCCCUCUCUUCCUCUCUUCCUCUUUCCUUUCAUCCCCUCCUCCUCCUCUUCCUCCCUCCUUCCUCUUCCUUCUGUCUUCCCCACCUCUCCCUUCCCCCCACACCCACCAAGGGCGUUGUGAAUAAUCUUGCUAAUCUGUGCCACUUGAUAGAUUAUAGGCUGCCUUUUCUCCUUGUGCUUUGGUUUAAAAAGCACUUCAUUCUCGCUUCCUUCACUACACAGGUGACACAAUUUCAUGGUAGAAACAUCAGAAAGGAGAAGGAAAUCAGAUGAGGGAAAACCCAGAGAGUAAUUGUUCCCCAUGAUUCUACUACCCAGAGGCAACCACUUUUUGGUGUGCUGUUUUUCCAGUCUCUCCUCUCUCCCUCUUUCUCCCUCCCUCUCUUCCUCACUCCCCACCCCCACCUUCCCUUUUAACACACUGUUAUAGAAUGGUUCACGUGUGUGGUGUUUCUUAAUCUGCUUCUUCAGAAACUAAAACCAAACAAAACACAACCCAUUGAACUUCUUUCCAUGUUAUUCAACAGGCUUCCUAAAUGUCGUCUUCAGUGCCUGCAGAGUGUAUCCAUGGAUCUUUAACUCUUCUGUAAUCAUUUCUGCAUUGUUGGACAUUCAGGUGAUGCCUAGUUCUUUCCUUGUGUUUAAACCCAACACUGCAUACUCUGAGGAAUGAAUCCUUCUUUGUCAAGCCAAAUCUUUGCUAGCAUACCGGAUGGUCUUCUUAAUUGUGGACUUGCAGGAUCCACAAUAAAAUAUCCUUGCAGGAUAUUUUAGAGACUUUUCCUGUGUGUUGCCAAAUGGCCCCUUCAUAAGCAUUGUACUGAUUUGCAUUCAUGCCAGCCAGCACAGCUAGUAAAAAGAGUAUGUCCAUUCCCCCUGCAUAGUCUCCUAGUCACUGUAAUUGAUGUGUGUGUGUGCUGGAGUGUGUGUGUUUUGGCCAGCUUGAUGGGCUGCAAAUGGUAUUUCACUGUUUUAGGUUAUUUUGCUGGAUUUAAAUGCCCUUUAUCACCUUCUUUUCCUUGUGCCCACUUACUGCCCUUUUGCCCAUUGUCAGAAACAUCAUUCGGCUUUAUUGCAGGAAAAAAUUAAAAUGCAGGCAACAGAAGAAAUUUAAUG